ACAGGAGCCAUGGAAAUCAGAGGAAUUCACCUUCCAAACAGACCCCUCACUCACAGAAGAACAGAAGGCAACUGUCUCUUCUUCCCUGAAUCCAUACUCAGCGGACAUGUCUACUAUUGCAAAACCACUACCUGACGUCAGAAAUAAAGCAAAAGACUACCACACCAUGUUUGUUUUAGAAGAUGCAAAUGCUAGAGUUAAAAACAUAGAGGCUUCUAAACCAAUCAUACAUGACCGAAAAAAUCUCCUUCAUAAAACAGGCUCUCGUGUGGUCCAUGGAACACCUAAGUCAAAACUGACUCAAAAGGUCAGAAAGAAAAAGUCUCGCUUGAGCAUGCUGCUUGCACACAGGCCUCCCUUCCCUGCGGUGAGGAGCCUCAUAAAUUCCCCUUCACAAAGGGCCAUUGCAUCUUUGGGAGACCUGAGUUCUCAGGACAACCCUUUUUUCAGAAUUAUAUGCGCUUUCAGAACCUGUUACAGAGGACACUCCUAUACAAAACAGACUGAAGAAAAUGCUCUUAUGGCAAACACUGAUGAGCCAGAAGAAAGUUUCUCUGAAGCCACAAACCAGGAAGAUGCUGCUGAUGCAGAUUCCAGUGUGGGUGCAUUCAAAAUACCAACUGUGAAACAAACCAAUGAGAUACAAUGGGAGUACCCCAACAUGGGCACUGACUCAACCACCAAGCCCAAAGAUCUCCUUACCACACUGGCAUCCCUGGCUGACCUUCUUGUAUCAAAACUAAUCCAGCAGCUUCAGUCCCUCAUCCCCAACAAUGAUGUGAGAACACUUCUUUCUCAAAUGAUCAAGACCUUAGGGGUUGACUGCUCUGAUGCUGAUGUGCAGAAGGCCUGUUCUAAGCUCAUCCUCAGAACAGGCUACCUAAUGAAACUUCUCAGUGAGGAGCGAGAACACAGUGUGUCCAGAACUGACUGGGAUACAGACCACUGGAAAACAGAGGACUACAUCAGUGACAGUACAGAGCUUCAGCGUGGACAGAAGGGGCAGGAAUCAAGUGAGCUCACACAAGAAGUUCCAGCAUAUGGUUAUGAAAACAAACUUAUCUUGGCAAUACCUGUGGCCAUGGGAGUUACGAUCUUGAUUACAUAA